ACUUCCUAUUGUGUUUCCCAGGGCUUCCAAAGUGAGAGCCGGUCUUGAGGACAAGCAUGCGGAGUACUGUCGCGGCGGUUGUGGCAUCGGAUUAGCCCGGGUUUCGUGCAUGAGUCACUCACUCACUCGUGCAGUUAUCCUCAGCCCGUCGCAUGUCACCUGCUGGCGGCCCUGGGGCCUUGAGCGCCCAAGUGUGUCUGCCCCAAGAUCAGGAGAGGGCAAUGGAGGUGCCGCCGCCGGCUCCUCGGAGCUUCCUUUACCGAGCCCUGGGUCCUUUUCCCCGAGUCUUUGCGGCUGAGAAUGUGGCUGCCGAUUCGGAAGCCCUGGCAGAGAAUCGGAAGCUGCCUUCCUACGUCCCCGAACGCUAUUACCCGGAAUCCGGAUGGGACCGUCUCCGGGAGCUGUUUGUCAAAGAUGAACAGCAGAGGAUGUCAAAGGAGCUCGAGAAUAUCUAUAGGGCGGCGAUUUCAGCAGGCAUCAUUGGCUGGGCUUAUGGUGGAAUACCAGCUUUUAUUCAUGCUAAAAAAUGCUACAUUGAACAGAGCCAGGCACAAAUUUAUCACAACCGAUUUGAUGCUGUGCAAAGUGCUCACCGCGCUGCCACGCGAGGCUUCAUUCGGUACGGCUGGCGCUGGAGCUGGAGAACCGCAGUGUUCGUGACCAUAUUUAACACAGUGAACACUAGUCUAAAUGUGUACCGAAAUAAAAAUGCCCUAAGCCAUUUUGUCAUUGCAGGAGCUGUCACAGGAAGUAUUUUCAGAGUUAACUUGGGUCUGCGAGGCCUGGUGGCUGGUGGCAUAAUUGGAGCCUUGCUGGGCACUCCCGUAGGCGGCCUGCUGAUGGCACUUCAGAAGUACCACGGUGAGACUCUUCAGGAGAGAAAACAGAAGGACCGAAAGGCACUCCAUGACCAGAAACUAGAAGAGUGGAAAGCCAGGCUACAAGUUACUGAGUUGCUCCCCGAGGAAAUUGAAAGUAGCUUACAGAAAAAUCAAGCUGAGGAUGAUGCUAAGAAAAUUGAAGCUCUGCUAAACCUUCCUAGGAACCCUUCAUCAACAGAUAAACAAGACAAGGACUGAAAAUGGCCUCAGCUUGAAAUGCAUCGCAGAGUUGAAGGAGCUGUGUGGCCACGUCCCUUGAAUGCCAAUGGCCAGACCGCUCUCUGGUCAGCCUCCCAGCAAAUGUAAGUGCUGGCACCUGUGAUAGCAGAGACCUACUCAUAUCAUUAUUAAAUAUACAUGUUUUAGCAAUUCUUGGUAUAACAGUACCUUCACUUUACUUAUCCUUAAAUUUAAAUACAUACUGGUACCUACAUUGAUCUAUUGAUUGAUCUGUAUACAAAAAUUUCUUUUUCCUUCCUGUUACAUAGUAAAUAAACAUUUUC